AUACAAAAAAACUAUAUAUAUAUGAAAUGUGAAUUAAAGACUUUUCAAAUGAGACGGGACCACAAGAUACUGACAUUAUUAUUAGCAGUCGAUAUAGACUAGUAUCUUGAACAGCUCACUCUCGUCUCUUCCAUUCAUCUUCUUGACUUUGAUGAAGUUGAUUUUUUUUCUGCAAUCUGAAUAACAGAAGAAGCCAUGGGCGGAGGAUUUGCAGUUGCAAGUGAAGCAGGAGGCCCAUACAAUGGAAAAGUCACCACCUUCGUCGUCUUAUCUUGUAUGAUGGCUGCCAUGGGAGGAGUUAUCUUUGGCUACGAUAUUGGAAUUUCAGGUGGAGUGACAUCUAUGAGGCCGUUCUUGAGGAAAUUUUUCCCCAACGUGUAUAGGAGGAUGAUGGAGGACACCAAGAUUAGCAACUACUGCAAAUUCGACAGCCAAUUGCUAACAUUAUUCACAUCCUCACUAUAUUUGGCAGGCCUCAUUGCGUCGUUCUUCGCCUCCUUCACUACCAAAGCCUACGGGCGGAAGCCGUCUAUCAUCAUCGGAGGCGCUGCAUUUCUCGCCGGAGCAGCGCUUAACGGCGCAGCUCUCAACAUAUACAUGCUCAUUUUCGGCAGACUCCUUCUUGGAGUUGGUGUUGGUUUUGCUAAUCAGGCAGUACCACUAUACCUAUCAGAAAUGGCGCCACCCAAAUACAGAGGAGCCUUCAACAACGGAUUCCAGCUGAGCGUUGGCAUCGGUGCCCUAUCCGCAAACCUCAUCAACUACGGCACUGUUAAGAUCAAGCAAGGCUACGGCUGGCGCAUCUCCCUAGCAAUGGCCGCACUCCCAGCUUCCAUCCUAACCCUCGGCGCCCUCUUCCUCCCCGACACACCAAACAGCCUCAUCCAACGCGGCCGAAGCCACGACGACGCCAAGCAUAUGCUGCAGCGCAUCCGCGGCGCAACCGACGUCGACACAGAGCUCCGAGAUCUCAUCAAAGCCACCCAAGACUCGAAUACCCUCAAAAACCCCUACAUCCAAAUCCUGCAGAGAAACUACAGACCUCAGCUGGUGAUGUCCAUCGCCAUCCCCUUCUUCCAGCAGGUGACGGGGAUCAACGUCAUCGCCUUCUAUGCCCCGAUAGUGUUCCGCACCAUCGGGUUCGGCGAGAGCGCGUCGCUCAUGUCGGCCGUGAUGACGGGAGUGGUGGGCAUCGCCACCACGCUGCUGUCGAUGGCGCUGGUGGACAGGGCGGGGCGGAGAUCGCUGCUCGUGGUGGGCGGGGCGCUGAUGUUCGGUGCGCAGAUGGCUGUUGGAGGCGUGAUGGCGGCUAAGCUAGGCGAUCAUGGCGGGCUGAGCAAAGGGUAUGGCGAUGCGGUGUUGGUGUUGAUAGGGGUAUACGUGGCUGGGUUUGGCGUGUCGUGGGGGCCGUUGGGGUGGCUGAUUCCGAGCGAGAUAUUCCCGCUGGAGAUACGGGCGGCGGGGCAGAGCAUUGCGGUGGCGGUGAAUUUUCUGUUCACGUUCUUGGUGGGGCAGACGUUCCUGUCGAUGCUGUGCCAUUUGAAGGCGGGGAUAUUCUUCUUCUUCGGAGGGUGGGUGGCGCUGAUGACGGUAUUCGUCUACGCCUUGCUGCCGGAGACCAAGAAUGUGCCGAUUGAGCAGAUGGAGAAGGUGUGGAGGCAUCAUUGGUUUUGGAAGAGGAUUGUGGGGAGUAACAAAGGUGGAGAGAGGUGAGACUGAGAUGGAUGGUACUGAUGCAACAGACCAAAAAUCAUUGUGAUCUCAUCAAUCAAUUUUAAAUGCUCUGAAGUAUAGUUACCAUGAGCUCAAAUCAUCACAAACUAACAUUAGUAAGAGAGUGAGAUUUCAAGUAUUAUCAGAAGAAGAUCAAAAUAGGAGGAAUAAACUAUACCAGUAUUUUCAUGCAUGAAAUUCACCAUGGUGAAGUGAUGCCUUUUGUGAAGCUGAUAUGAUUUUUCACCUUGAUGCACCCAGUUGGUGUAACCUUGAGAGAAAUUUACCAUGUCUCAUAAUGUACGUGGUAUAUAUUUCACAUCAUCUCUUAAGUGUAAUCUAAAUUUUUUACAUUCA